AUGGAAGGUGACUUGCCUUUAGACGAGGAAGCCGGUUCGGAGGUUGAUAUGAGUAAUGCAAUUGAUGAAUUGUGGAGAAGGUUUAAAUCACUAGAUGUUGUUGGAAAAAGAGCAUUGAAAAGUAGGGUUUGUGAAAUUGCAUAUCCCACAACAACUUCAUUGUGUCCACCACCUGAGAAAAUAAAAACUAAAGGCGGAGUGAAGAGGAAAGGGAAGAAACCAGUUGGGUAUGAUGUUUAUAGGGAUCCUUCAGGUUUUGAGUAUGCUGAUCAGGCGUCUCAAUCUUCACAAAAACAAUCGCAAGCAUCACAAACUUCUAGGAAGCAAUCACAGUCAAAGAAGCAAUCACAAUCAAAGAACCAGGAUUUCACUCUUCAGUUUCCUUGUCAUAUUAGGCCAUAUCUUACCGAGAUAGUUAAUGUUGUAGCAGAUGGUAAUUGUGGAUUUAGAGCCGUUGCAUCGUGGCAUGGGUAUAGUGAGGAUGGUUGGGCAAUGGUUCGUCGUGACUUGGACAUGGAAUUAAGAGAAAAGAAGGACUUAUAUGAGAGAUUGUUCGGUCCAAAUUUAUCCGAAGUGAGAAGUGGUUUAUUGAUAGAUAAGUUUUCAACCACCGGAGAAAUGGUUGACACUACCAGAGAUGGGCUAUUUGAUAGCGAAUCGGUUAAUAUGAAAGAAGGCUUCCCACUGCCACCCGUCACGUUAGAUUGGGUGAAGUUUCGUCUUUAA